CAUGGGGAAGAACGCAGCCAUGGGAAGGCUAUGCUCUGUUUUCCUCAUUUUAUUUCUCCACGUAACCCUAAUUGCAUCGAGCUGCCAAGGAAGAAAACCUAAGGAGCAGCCUGCGAAGAAGCAUCGGACCGCCUUUUUCAUCUUCGGAGAUUCAUUUUUGGAUGUUGGUAACAACAACUUCAUCAACACCACAACCCUGGACCAAGCAAAUUUCUGGCCCUAUGGAGAAACUUACUUCAAGUUCCCCACCGGACGUUUUUCCGACGGGCGUUUACUACCGGACUUCAUUGCUAAAUAUGCAAGGCUGCCAUUGAUUCCACCGUUUCUACAGCCGGGUUUGCACCGGUAUUACAAUGGAGUAAAUUUUGCGUCUGCCGGAGCUGGUGCUUUGGUUGAAACGUUUCAAGGAGAUGUGAUUGGUCUGAAAACACAACUAAGAUACUUCAAGAAGGUGGAGAAGAGGCUGAGGAGGAAAUUGGGAAAUGAUGAAGGGAAAAUGACAGUAUCAAAAGCUGUCUAUUUGUUCAGCAUUGGAAGCAAUGAUUACAUGAGCCCUUUCUUGACCAAUUCCUCUACACUUAACACCUACACUUACUCCACAUUUGUUGGAAUGGUAACUGGGAACUUGACAUCAAUCAUCAAAGAAAUUUAUAAAAGGGGAGGAAGAAAAUUUGCAUUCAUAAAUCUGCCGAAUUUGGGUUGUCUUCCGGCUAUGAGAGUUAUUGAAUCAAGGAACAAUGGUAGCUGCUUGGAAGAGGCUUCAUUUCUUGCAACAAUGCAUAAUAAAGUUCUCAAAAAUCUACUCUCCAGGUUGGAGAAAAGAUUGAAAGGGUUCAAAUAUUCUCUAUUUGAUUUGAAUACCAAUCUCAGACAAAGAAUGCUUCAUCCUUCAAAAUAUGGUUUUAAAGAUGGGGAGGCAGCAUGCUGUGGGACAGGGCAAUUCAGGGGAGUAUACAGCUGUGGAGGUAAAAGGACAGUAAAGGAGUUUGAGCUGUGUGAGAGUCCAACUGAUUAUGUCUUUUGGGAUUCCUUCCACCUCACCGAACGGGCUUACAGGCAAUUGGCAGAUAAAAUGUGGAGUGCAACAAACCACUCUCAUGAUGUUGGUCCUUUCUGCGUCAGAAAAUUAUUCCAAAUUCAAUAAGCAUAUUAUUCCAAAACAAGAGUUUUUUUUUUUUUUUUUCCUUUACCAACAAAAUACCCUAUAAAUAAAUCGAAAACCAACUAUUCCUUGUUUGUUUUCGGGGAUUCACCAUCUGUGCCUUGUCAAAUUAUCUAAAUGGCGCCUGCUAUAAAACCUCCUUCAAGUAUGCCGAGGAAAGAUUUAUGUAUAUCAUAAUUAAUUUUAUUUUUUAUA